GUAUGGGGCGGGCUGUGGGGAGUUGGGUAGAAUUCGCUUGGUAAUUCGAACAUAACAUGAGAUGUAUCGGUCGAUGACUGUCGCAGUCAAUAAGUGCAUGACAAAACAGAUGUGCUAUGCGGGCCUAGAUUAUACACUCGAGUCUACAGUUAUGUUGCAAAAUAUUGGAUAGCAGACGACAGGUUGGCCUACUUUGAUUCUAAAUAUUUACGUUAGCUGUGAGCCCUUCAUUAUCUGUUAAGGAUAAAGGGCUUAUUAUUGGGAUUUAUACUCAGGAAUUAAAGGCUAAUUUUCACCUUUAUUCAGGCCAGUUGAUCUCCUUGCAGUGUGAUAUAAUCUUAUGACCUACAGUCAGUGGUUUCAUGGCUGAACAUACAGGCCUCGCCCCUGACUGACCUCAGCUGUUCUCACAGAGUUCAGAUACUGUAAAAAAUAUUUCAAGUGCCUUAGGAUAAUUUCCAGGAUGAACCUGUCUGAUAUCCUGAAGGAAGUGGGCAAUGAAGGAUUGUUCCAGAUCUUGACCCUGCUGGUGCUGACCAUGCCAAAAAUGCCGAUCCAGUGGAGUAUGACGAUGAUGUCAUACGCGUCGAACUCCCCAAAGUGGUGUUGCGUGCCUCAGGAUGUUGUUGUUGACACCAACUGCGAAACCUUCCAGUCGGGGAACUCCUCCGUCAUCUCUUACAAGUCUUCGUAUCUGCAGUGUCACCUGAACAGUACAGAGUGUGACCACCGGGUUUAUCUGCCCCCUGAUGGGGCUCUAACUGCAGUGACCGAGUGGGACCUGGUGUGUGAGAAAAACUGGAUUGUAUCCGCUUUGUCAUCCAUACAAAUGGGUGGGGUGAUGGUGGGAGCUUUGGUCAGUGGAUACCUGUCGGACUUGUUUGGCAGAAAAAAAGUUCACUUUGCGUCCAUUUUUCUACACGCUGUGUUCAACGUCCUGGCAGGCGUGUCCAUCUCCUGGCCCAUGUUUGCUGUCUUCAGGUUCCUGAUUGGAUUUUUUAUUGGUGGGUACCUGGUGGUUCAUGUACCCUACGCUCUGGAGUUUAUCUCCCCAAGGUGGAGAGUUAUACCAGCAUCGCUUCCCUUUGCUGCCAUAGGUGCCUCGUUACUUCCCCUUGCAGCUUGGUCUCUACCAGACUGGCGCUGGAUGCAUUUUGUAUGUGCCAUUUUCUGUGCACCAUUUUUACUUGCAUACUUCUUUAUGCCAGAGAGCAUGCGGUGGCUGACUAUCAAAGGUAAAGUGGAGGAAGCAGCCCAGGUCGUUGAAACAAUUGCCUGGGUCAACAGGAAAACAGAUUACCACCAGAAGAAGUGUCUGGAGAAAAUAGAGGCCAUUGCCCAAAAGGAGAGAGAACUAAAGGAUAAAGGCAAGAAAUACUCCUACAUAGAUGUGUACAGGGACUGGCCCAUGGCCAAACUUACCCUCACUCAGCAAUACGUUUGGUUCACAACUUCACUCGUGGGUUAUGGGAUCAUCCUGGGGAUCUCCAAUCUGGCAGGGAACAUCUAUUUGAACAUGUUCCUGGUGGAGGCGGUGGAGAUUCCCUUCAUCCUCAUCACGUGCUACUUCAACAACUGUAUAGGCAGGAGAAUGACAGCGUUGAUCUACUUUAGUUUUGCUACAGUUGCUGGGACUUUGGCGCUUAUAUUUCAUCUUGUCCCUGACCUGCCCCACAAAGACACAGGUAUCACCAUCAUGUGUAUCUGCUGCAGGUCGUUUAUAGCUGGUGCUGCUGCUGUGUUUGUGGUUGUGUCCACAGAGGUGUACCCUACUGUUAUAAGAACUCUGGGAUAUGGUGCUGCUAACACAGCCGCUAAAGUGGGUGGCGUCCUGGCACCAUUUCUGAUCAACAUUGAUUCCAUCCCCACCGUGGCGUACUCUGUUAUUUCCUGCACCUGUUUCUUCUGCAUCAUCGCGGUCUGGUCCCUGCAGGAGACCAAGAACCUCCUGAUGGAAGACACCCUGCAGAAGACAAUCUCCAGGCGCAACUCUACGGUCUCCAAGACCAACUCUCUGGAGAAAACCCUCUCCCAGACGGACGCUAUGCCACGGAUUUUCAUCGACCUGGAUACGGAUCUCAUACACCACAAAUCUUAUUCCGAGUUUGAAGACAGCGGGGACGAGGAAGUGGAUCUGGAAGUUGUAUCCACUCCGCCAUCCCCUGCGGUGGCAGUCAGUGAGAACCUGCCAUUGUUGCGUCAACGGUUCCCCAUGUACCACCCAGCUAGAGUGGGCACUGAGACGGAUGCUGGUGUUGUUAAUGGUGGUUGUGAUGUGGCCGGCACACAGAGUCAAGCAGUGAUGGACACUACCAGGGGGAGUAACCCUGUUCAUGAACCAGAACUAAAGGGAGGCUACAAGAGUUUAGAUGAAGGGAGGAAAUCAGACGCUGAUGGGACCACUAGCACACCAGACAACAUGACAGAUGGGAGGUUUAUAAGGGAGUAUUAAUGUUUUGUUUUUAGAUUUUAUUCGUUUAUACAUAAUUAGUUCCUGUACAUGAUUACACAUUUUUUGGAAAGCUCGUUAUAUGUUAUCAACAUUUUGUGUUUACUUUUGUUAAAGUUUACAUGAGUGCAAUAUAUAGCCUUUGUGGACGAAAAAACUUAGUCUGUACAUAUCAUUUGUGUUAUGAGUUAAAGUGUAUGUGUACAUAUAUCAGUGUACAGCCGUAUUUUAUAACAUUUUACUAUGUGAUAACUGUUUGAAAUCGGAGGGUAAUAUUUUUAUACAUUUUUUUGUCAAAUUUUGACUCAGUGAUGUACGUGUGGGUUAGGGGUGGAUUUGUACCUCACAGGUAGCUUAGUGGGUUAGGGGUGGAUUUAUACCCCACAGGUAGCUUAGUGGAUUAGAGGUGGAUUUAUACCCCACAGGUAGCUUAGUGGAUUAGAGGUGGAUUUGUACCCCACAGAUAGCUUAGUGGAUUAGGGGUGGAUUUGUACCUCACAGGUGGGUCAGUGGAUUAGGGGUGGAUUUGUACUCCACAGGUAGCUUAGUGGGUUAGGGGUGGAUUUGUACCUCACAGGUGGGUUAGUGGAUUAGGGGUGGAUUUGUACUCCACAGGUAGCUUAGUGGGUUAGGGGUGGAUUUGUAUUCCACAUGUAGCUUAGUGGAUUAGGGGUGGAUUUAUACCCCACAGGUAGCUUAGUGGAUUAGAGGUGGAUUUGUACCCCACAGAUAGCUUAGUGGAUUAGGGGUGGAUUUGUACCUCACAGGUGGGUCAGUGGAUUAGGGGUGGAUUUGUACUCCACAGGUAGCUUAGUGGGUUAGGGGUGGAUUUGUACCUCACAGGUGGGUUAGUGGAUUAGGGGUGGAUUUGUACUCCACAGGUAGCUUAGUGGGUUAGGGGUGGAUUUGUACCUCACAGGUGGGUUAGUGGAUUAGGGGUGGAUUUAUACCCCACAGGUAGCUUAGUGGGUUAGGGGUGGAUUUGUAUUCCACAUGUAGCU